AUGUCUUGGUCCUCCCGCCUCGGCAACCUGGGCCGCUUUUCCCCCUUCACUCGCUCUCCACCGCAACAUUCGACAAACCAGCCGUCGGAAGAGUCGACCGACCUGGGCGAUCCCCGCGACACGGACUUGUUGAAAUUCCGUAACAAAAAGACGACAUAUGCCGUGCACUUUCCCGCCUACAGCAUCGCCAAGGGCGAACUCACGGUCGGCCAAGUGCGCGAUCAGGCCGCGAAAAAGGUCGGCGCCGGUGACGCACGGCGAGUCAAGUUGCUCGUUCGCGGCAAGAACCUCAAAGACGACAGCAAGACUUGCAGGCAGGAGGGACUACGGGAGGGCGACGAGCUCAUGAUGACCGUGGCCGAGGGUGCAGGAUCGGGAAGUGACAGCGAGAGUGACGACGAGUUCGACGGGAUUGACGAGACUGCGGCCGGUGAGACCAAGCGGAAACGCAACCGGGGAAAGAAGUCGAAGCGUCGCAAGCAGCGGGAGGAUCGCGGUGAUGGCGCUUCUGGUACUUCCACACCUCAGCUCGGCGUAUCCGGUCAGCAGAACUCUCGAACMCAGUCGCCGAAACCACCAGUCACUGCGUUGGAGAAGCUGGCCGCAUUGCGGGAGAAGCUACAAACCUUCCUACCCGACUGCCGGGCGUUUGAAGCCUCUCCCCCCGUGGAUCCAGCGAAGAGGGAGUUUGAGCACAAGCGUUUGUCGGAGACCAUCCUAGCACAGGUCCUUCUCAAGCUGGACGCCGUCGAGACGGAAGGUGACGCGGAUGCCAGAGGCCGGCGGAAGGAGCUCGUAAGGGAGACUCAGGACGUUCUCAAUAGGUUGGAUGGUGUUGUAAAGGGAAUGUAG